AUUGAACUUGGUGUACCCCCCAAAUAAAUAAUAAAAAAAAAAAAAGAAAAUCUUUAAAAAAAAAAAAAAAGAAAGAAAAAGACUAAAAACAAACAAAAAAAGAAGGUCAGGCAGCUGAGUAAACUCCCUGGAUCAGACAGACAGACACAAGACAGGACCCUGGCUGCUCUACAGGGGCCUGAGGAAGUUUGAACAGUGUCACGGCGGGGAUGGCGGCCGCACAGUCCAGCUCCAGCUCUGCCUCCCCAUCUGGCAGGGGGCAGGGAAUGCAGGCUGGUAUACUGUAGUCUAAUUUUCUCCUCUUACGCUAAUGCUUUGCCAAAAACACCUACGUAAUUUAACUGAGUCUGAAAUUAUCAUUUAACUCGUUAAGAAAAGUGAAACAGGCACAGAAAAUUAGUAGACAAGUUUAUAGUUUUACCAAAGGGGAAAAGUGUGUGAGAGGGAUAUAUCAACAUAGAGUUUUGAUCAACAUAUCCACAGGAAUACAUAUAAAAGAAAUAAUCAACAAGGCCUUACUCUACUGCAAGGGAGGCGUACCAAACCCUGUAGAGUAACUUAUAUGUGAAAAUUCACUGACGUGGAACACAUAUUUGUAUAACUGAACAAGAUUUUGUACACCUAACAAAGACGACAUUGUAAAUAAGUUUAUUCCAAUAAAAAUUAACAUUAAAUUUUUUGAAAAAUUAAAACAAUAACAUUAUCGUUUACUUUUUGAUUUAUUAAUUAGGGGGAAAAUAUAUCUGAACAAAUUUCUUACAUUGUAAGUCCUUUUUUUUUAAAGCAUUCCUCUGGGCUGAUAAGGAAAAAGAAGACUCCAUUUGUUAUAUCUUCCUCAGAAAUGCUCAGAAUUGCAUUCCUGGGACGGUACUGUUGUGUCAUAAACGUACAGCUAGACUUUUGUUUCAUAAGAGAAGAAGUCAUGUCCAAACCUGGAUAUCCUUGGUGUAGAAUCUCCACUUCCUGGAACAUCUGUUUGCCUCAGAAAGUUGAAUUUUUAAGCAUGAUCAAGGAUGUAGCCAGCCAAGUGUGUCAGUCAUAGGAUGCUGGGUAUCGUGUAGCAGUUGGGGCAGAGCUUGUAAUCUGUGUCUUCCAGAAGGGAGAAGGGCUGCUGGAGUCCUGCUGGAGCUUUCCCCUCUCUCCACUGCCACUGCAUUUGCAGCCUGGAGCUGGGCAGGCUCACCCAGGAAGCACCUCUCAUCCAUUCUGGCCCAGCGCAGCCCUUCUCGCCCAGCUCACUCCCGGCUUCCUGCUGCCUCAUUCUGAGUUAAUUUGUCUAGAAAAACAAGUCAGCCUGCCAGUUCUCAAGCAGCAUUUUGAUCACGACACUAAUCUAAGUGUGUUACUUUCAACACCUGGAGACAUCAGUGAGGAUUCAGAUUUUGUCCAAACAGUGUCACUAUUGUCAUUGACUGGAGCAACCAAGUCCAAACCCUACACAUUGAUCCAACAACUGUUUGGGGGUGGACUUGAGGGUUAGGUGGAUUUUUGGUUUGUGGUCUUUUUCGGCUUGUUGGUUAAAGCAACUGGAGUGGUUUAACAGGUAUAGGGCAGCAUCAGUUUCAGGGUCAGCUCUUCCUCCUUGGCAUUCAUUAAAAGAUUUUACAUCAAGCUUAAUGCCUCCGCAAAUGAUGAAGUUAGCUGUUAAAGGAAGCUGAAUCCACCCUUGGAGAGAACAGACAAUACAAGGAAAAAAGGAAAACUGAACAGGAGGGCGUUUAAACAUUGCCUGCCUACUGCUCACCAGGGGAUGUAAAUAAGGAAACAGCCUCCGGAAUUUUAUUUAAAGCCAUACACCGUUGUUUUUUUUGUUUGGUUUCUUUGUUUUUUGGAAGGGCACAUUUUCCUAGUUUUCAAAGUCUUAGUUGUCAUUUUAAUAUACAUUCAUUUAAGGAAGCCAAGUGAGACUGAAAAGAGAAAAUAGCUCCCCACCCAGAGCGGACCACUCCUCUCUCCAGCGCCUGCAGCACUUUUUGCUCUAUCUCGGUCUAGUUGAGCGUCUUCUGCGUUAUAGCACAUAUUUCUGCCUUCACGUCCCUAGGCCUCCUGGAGGGCAGGGGGAAUAUCUUGGUCUUUCUGGUGCCCCCGCAGUACCUUGCCCUGAGCUGGCGCAUCGUGGGUGCUUAGGGUGGGGUGUUCGCAGGCUGCAUCAUCGUCACGUGUACAUGCUCUGGGGUCAAAUGACCUGGUUUUUUUUGUUUUUUUUUUUAAUUUUAUUUAUUUAUUUAUUAUUUUUGGGGGGUUACACCAAGUUCAAUCACCUGUUUUUAUACACAUAUCCCCGUAUUCCCUCCCUCCCUUGACACCCCCCCAUCCUCCCUCGAGUCCCCCCCGCCCUCCCCGUCCAAAUGACCUGUUUUGAGCCCCCAGCUCUCAUCCCAGUGUGUGAUCUUGAGCAAGUUUCCUUAAGGCUGGGGUGGGGGGGAGGUGGGAAUUACAGUACCUGCUUCUCAGGAUUUUCAUGAGAAGUAGAUUAGAUAAUCCCAGUGCACGGUAAGCACUCAAAACAUCCUGUGACUAAAUCAUGAUGACCUAGAUGGAAAAGUUCACCAAUGCUGGUAAAACAAUUAGUACUUGCUUAUGAAAUGUUCAGACAAAGGGAAAUCUACUCAUUUUAGACCAGUGCUGAGUACAGACAGCAGUGUUAGGAGGUAGGUGUUAGGAAAAACCCCAUUCUUUGUCCAAUAUUAUCAAGAAGGCUUUAAGGAAUUGAGGUUUCAGGAGCUCUUAGUUGAAGGGAGCUUGCCCAGGAGAGUCUUAUAGGGUAAGUGGGAGAAUCCCAGAAAACUCUGCGCCUUGCUCUCUGAGCUCUCCCUCUCAAGUUCUCGCCUCCCCAAAGCCCUUCCCAGAACAGCACAUCGCUGCUGAACUUAGAAAGGCAUGGACCCCGAGGAGCAGGUUCAGAACCUGUCAUGCGGUUUUCUGCCUCCCAACCUUGUCCUAGGGCAUCGCCCACCCUGUCUCCUGUGUGUAACGUGCGCCACGGGUGUACCUGGUUAUGUUAUUCCGCCCUGGGAGCUAUGUCCUCAUUGUGUGCCAACUGCAUGGCUGGCUCUCAGUAGUCAUGGACAUUGCUAAGCCUGCAAUAACUAGAAUCAAUGCAUUUGCCAAUGCGGAAAUAAGACAAGCAGACCCACAAGCAAAUGGCCCCUAAUAUCUGAGUUAAUUCUAGUGACAAAGAAAUGGUGAGUCUGAAUUCGGUCUCAAACUCUCAUAAGCAGUUUAUAUGUGGAAACACUGGCUGCUUUGAACCAAGUCAGUUUAGAAGGUAUGUCCACAGACACUAUAACUAUAAUUCUUAGAAGAUAGAUAUUAAAAACCUUAAAAAGUAAUUUGGAAAUAGUAACAUUUGCUACAACUAGUAUAUAUCAGCCAUGAAUAUAUGUUCUGGCCCACAUUUCCAAGUCUCUAAGGUAACAAAAAAUAGACUAUGAGGUUUGGACCACUGUUUCAUUGUGUCCAUUUUACAGGUAGGAGAACUAAAACCCUGAGAUAUCAAAUGGCUUACAUACCUGCAUACAUGCACACCCAACACAUAAAUUUCUCCCUCUUAGUGGAAGGAGGAUGUGCAACUUUUCCAUGACCACUUUUGGUUUUAAGACUCAGCCAUUUCACGAGGCCUCAAAAUCCAGUGUGCUUUGCUCUUGGAUUAACUAUGCUAUUUGAACUAAAGGCUUACCUUGUUCUUAAUCUUGUUUUUGAAAUGCUGACUUACAGAAUUAGUGUCUGCCCAACAGGUCCCAGGCACGGAUGAAGCAAAGAGCCAGCAUGCACACUUCUUUAGCAACAGAAAGCGCCUGGGCUGGGGAUCUGGGGACCAGAUUGUCAUGGCGCCUGUGUUAGAGCCAGCAUACCAGGGUUAGAGAUCAAGGCAGAGACAGAGAUAGUGAGUUAUGUGAGGAGGCACCAGAUACGAUCAGGAACGAGCAUCACGGCCAGAGCCAAGACCUCAGUGACGGCAGUGGCUCUCUUGGGUCAUUCAGAGUGGGUGGACGUCUCUGUGAAGGAGAACCACAGAGAUGGUGCCUUUCACACACCCGCUGUUAUUGUUAUCCAUCACUGAUGAGGCUGGGGUAACCAUCCCUGCCCCACUGGGUUAACGAGCAGCUGAGAAUCAGAAUCUAUGAGUGUUGCCUGGCAGAACUGGAGUACUAUUUCCAGUUACAGCAUGACCUUUCGGCCCUAUGUAGACGGAGGCAAAGGGACUUUCUCAGGCAUGGGGACAAGACACUGCUUUCCCUCUCUCGGGAUAUUUGGGGACAGCUGGUGAGAACUUGUGGUUCACGUCCAUACAGUCAGCUCCAAACUCCUCUCCAUUAUAAAAAGAAAAUUCUCUCCAUCUGACCCCACAACCCCCUGAUGGCAUGUUCACUGUCUUACUCAACUCCUGCUGCCCCCGUGGGGUUUUUCUUUCCUGGCCUCCCUUGAUGAUCACUGGAACCUUACGACCAAGUGAUAAUCAUGUUUCUGAUGGGAGGGCAGAAGAGGGCCCGACGCGAUUUUUCCUGGGAUCAGCCUCAGUCAUUGGCUCUCAGACAUCAUCGACAUUUCGCUAAGCAGCUUUAAAGGUGACGCAGAAAUGAUCCCAUAGGCAGGGCACAAAGGUAGUGACGGUUCAAUAAACAAGACCUGGACACCCGGGCACUGGUGCCACCUGACCUGCUCCCAGAGGCAAGCUCAGAGGUUGGCAUGAAGCAACCUAGACUGGGUUUGGUGAAGUGAUGCCCCACAGAGGAGUCAGGUCCGUGGUGGAGGCAGCCCCUGUAUCCCACAGUGGGGAACUCAGCUACAGAAGCCUCCCUCCUGGGCUCUCAAGUAAGAGGGAACCAUUGUACACGGACAAGUGGAAAUACAAGUGACUCCAACGAGUUCCAUCUUGAGCCUGGACAUUUGCAUCAUGAUGAUAUGAAUUCAUCUGUGAAAAAAGGCUUGUGGAAGACAGAUAAGUGGAGGUGAUUAUGGUUUAAACAAACUCAUCAGCUCCACUAUACCAUAAGCAAGAAGCAGGUCAGAAGGGCUCUCCUGACCCAAACUCUAGUUACACAUUGUAUCAUGACCUGUGUUUCUUUUUUUUUCUUUUUUUUUUUACUUUUAUUUAUUUAUUUAUUAUUUUUGGGGGGGUACACCAAGUUCAAUCAUCUGUUUUUAUACACAUAUCCCCGUAUUCCCUCCCUUCCUUGACUCCCCCCGCCCCGAGUCCCCCCCACCCUCCCUGCCCCAGUCCUCUAAGGCAUCUUCCAUCCUCGAGUUGGACUCCCUUUGUUAUACAACAACUUCCCACUGACUAUUUUACAGUUGGUAGUAUAUAUAUGUCUGUGCUACUCUCUCGCUUUGUCUCAGUUUCCCCUUCACCCCUGCCCCCUCCCAUACCUCGAGUUCUCCAGUCCAUUCUCUGUAUCUGCGUCCUUGUUCUUGUCACUGAGUUCAUCAGUACCAUUUUUAGAUUCCGUAUAUGUGAGUUAGCAUACAAUAUUUGUCUUUCUCUUUCUGACUUACUUCACUCUGUAUGACAGAUUGUAGUUCUAUCCACCUCAUGACAUAUAGCUCCAUCUCAUCCCUUUUUAUAGCUGAGUAAUAUUCCAUUGUGUAUAUAUGCCACAUCUUCUUUAUCCAUUCAUUUGUUGAUGGGCAUUUCGGUUGCUUCCAUGUCCUGGCUAUUGUAAAUAGUGCUGCAAUAAACGUGACGGUACAAGUUUCUUUUGGGAUUACGGUUUUCUUUGGGUAUAUGCCCAGGAGUGGGAUGACUGGAUCAUAUGGUAGUUCUAUUUGCAGUUUUUUAAGGAACCUCCAAAUUGUUUUCCAUAGUGGCUGUACCAACUUACAUUCCCACCAACAGUGCAAGAGAGUUCCCUUUUCUCCACACCCUCUCCAACAUUUGUUGUUUCCAGAUUUUGCGAUGAUGGCCAUUCUGAUUGGUGUGAGGUGAUACCUCAUUGUGGCUUUGACUUGCAUUUCUCUGAUGAUUAGUGAUGUUGAGCAUCUUUUCAUGUGUUUGUUGGCCAUCAUGACCUGUGUUUCUUAAUGGGUAACAGAAAUGCUGAGGAAUAUUUACUGCAUGCUCUCGGGACAAAAAUAGCCAUUUUCAGGUAGAGUCUCUUUUUAUUCUGCUCUAGAGAGGAAAAAAAUCUGAAUAUGGAAAAACAUUAAGGACUAAAUGAGUUGGAAACAAAGCAAAAGAAGGAGCUCUUUAUUCUUGAACAAAGCCAGGUUCUGGCUUGGCUUUCUUUUGGAAAUUCCGUUUUUUUCGAAGCCUGGAACUUCAGAGAGGGCCAGCCUCACAAGGUAGGAAACAUGAAGGAAAAAGAGAAAGGGACUUGAAUCCAAGCAGUGGUUUCCAUGGAGCUUUCAUGAGACAUGUGCACGCUUUAGUGCUGUCCCUGGGGAGGGUGUUAUGGAGUGACACCCCAGAACACAACUGCCUGUGUUCAAAUCCCAGUUCUACCUCUUCUCAGCUGUGUAAACUUGGGCAAGUUCCUUAACCUCUCUGGGUUUUGGGUUAACUCAUGUUGUAACAUUCUAUCUACCUCUCACAGGGUUGUCAUGAGGAUUAAAUAAAAUAAUACCUAGAGGAUGCUAGAAUGAUAUUUUCCAGCCAUUUUUACUAGCUGCAAAUAAUAGAAAUAGAUCGCUGAUGAGAGCCACUGAAUAUUUCCAAAUGAUCAUUUGCUUCUCUACUGGCAUCAUGACAUCAGCUAAGAAGAAAUAAAAGGCUAAUUAUAGAGGGAACAAAGUUCGCAGAUUUCCUGGAUUCUCAGAAAGUGACAUCAUGUCAGAGCUAUGGCUAGUGUGUUGUCCAUUCAUCUUGCAAAUAUUUGAUGGGAGCAUGCAAGCUGGAGGUCCUGGCCUUCAGUGGGGGAGCAAGGCAGACAUGUUCCCACCUGCGUGAUGCUUAGACCAGGGCAGAAGAGAAUAACAUCAUAAUAACCUCAAUACAGGGCAAUGAAGGUGGCGAGAGGCUAAGUACAGGAUUCUGGUUGCUGACCAGAUGGAAGGCUGUGUCUUGAACAGCCCCAGCCCCCCAGGUACCCAGCACAGCCCAGACACAUAGCAGGUGCUCAAUAAACAUUCAAGGAACUCAUGGAUACAGCACUUACUGUGCUGGACUGUGUGUCUCAUGUUGUCCUUUAUCUCCUAACCUUCAGAGCAAGAACACAGCUCCUUCAUUUUUGUGACCUCACCACCUAACAUCAUGUCUAGCACUUAGGGUAGGGGGGCGAUAAAUGUUUGUUGAAUUGAUAUGAAUGACUGAUAAGCCUAAUGUGUCUUUCUCCCUGUUCAACUGUAGAGGCCUUUCUUGCUUUAACCCAAAGAAGCAAGAAACUUGAUAAGAUCAGUAGCCAAGUUAUUUUUAGGAGUUGAAUCUUUUCAUACCCAUUAAAAUUACUGAUUUUCUGCUCUUAGCUGCCAUGAUCUCUUCUUUCUUAUGAAAACUCUCCUCCUUUAGGGUUAGGGUCCCACCUGUCCUCCCCCAUCUCUCUGGAAAUUUCUCUACUUUUUCCCUAGGUCCUCUUCCUCCUCCAGCAACAUAGCAUGGUCACCGCCCCAUCUCAGUCCUAAGCCCAGUGGUAGUCAUUAUUGCUGUCAGGCCACUAACAUGAUAAACCCACUCCCUCCAGUAGCAGACCCACCCCCUGGCCCCAGGAGCGGACAUGUGUUCCUCUGGAAACACUGAUUGGCCCAAGGAGUGGGCAUGUGCAUCAAGCAGGGACAGUCAAAGUCCUUCCCGGGCAUGGUACCUGGACCCUGGUGUGAUGAAGCUGAGAGGAUGUCGCCCUGGGGCUGUUGGCCGUCACCAGACCCUACCAUGUGGAGUCCCCUGCAGAAGCAAAUGGAGCCCAGCUGAAAUGGGAGAUGGGAGAGAGAGCAGACAAGAGCCAGAGAGAGACCCAGCCUCUGGGACUUCCCUGUUGGUCCAGUGCUUGAGACUCCGAGCUUCCAAUGCAGGGGGCAUGGGUUCGAUCCCUGGUCAGGGAAUUAGGACCCCACAUGCCAUGCAGGUGUGGCCAAAAAUAAAUACAUAUGAUACAUAAAUUUAAAACAAGAGAGAGAGAGAGAGAAACCCAGCCUCAGAAGGCUCUGGUUUCUGUAGCCCUUCGACGGGGCUGUGAGCUGCCCAGGCUCAUAAGCCUAUGCAUUCCCCUUUAACGUGGGCUAGGCAGAGCAGGUGCUGCUGCUUGCAAAGGGAUCUGCUGUCACUAUAGACCCUCCUUCGGAGACCUGGGUCCACUUUUACAACUUUGAGCAAACCUCUAAGCAAAUGGCUCCCAAUUUUAUCCCUAACCUCAAUGUCCCCACAAGCAUAUACCCCAUUUCCAACUCUCCAUGCAGGGCACUUUCCCUAGAUGUCCACUGUCCCCCUCGACUUCAACUUGUAUAAAGCUCUUCGCUGCUGAGCCAAAAACUGUCUCCUCCAGGCUCUGUCUUGACCUGUGGUGCCUCAUCUCUCUCCCCCAAGGCCCUCCUCCUCUCUCUCCUUCCCACUCCCACCCACAAUCAGACACUACGUCCUACAACUUCCUCCACGCUGUUUCCUACAGCUCCCCUUCGUUUCUAUUCCUCGGCCACCACAUGGGUUAGGGGUUUAGUUUCUAGGCCCCCUGACUCAAUUCUUCUGGCACAGCGUGACCACAUGGCUGCAUUGGGUCUUCAUUGCUGUGCACGGGCUUUUUCUAGUUGUAGCAAGCAGGGGCUACUCUUCAUUGCGGUGCGUGGGCUUCUCAAUGUGGUGGCUUCUCUUGUUGUGGAGCACAGGAUCUGGGCAUGCAGGCUUCAGUAGUUGCAGUACAUGGGCUCAGUAGUUGUGGCAUGUGGGUCCUAGAGCUCACGGGCUUCAGUAGUUGUGGUGUGUGGAUUCAGUAGUUUCAGUCAGUGGGUUCAGUAGUUAUGGCACACGGGCUUAGUUGCUCUGUGGCAUGUGAAAUCUUCCUGGCCCAGGGAUCAAACCCAUGUCCCCUGCAUUGGCAGGUGGAUUCUUAACCACUGUAUGCGUAUAUACAUACAUAUAUAUAUAUAUAUAUAUAUACACACUCUUUGUCAUAUUCUUUUCCAUUAUGGUUUGUCACAGGAUAUUGAACACAGUUCCCUGAGCUAUACAGUAGGAUCUUGCUGCCUAUCCAUUCUAAAUACAAUAGUAUGCAUCUGCUAAUCCCAAACUCCCAAUCCAGCCCUCUCCCACAGCCUCCGCCUUGGCAACCACGAGUCUGUUCUCUCUGUCUGUGAAUCUGUUUAUGUUUUGUAGGUAAGUUCAUAUGUGUCAUUUUAGAUUCCAUACAUGUGAUAUCAGAUGGUAUUUGACUGUCUUUCUGACACUUCAUUUAAUAUGAUAAUCUCUGGGUCCAUCCAUGUUGCUGCAAAUAGCAUCAUUUCAUUCUUUUUUUAAACAAAUACUAUUCUUAAAAUUAAUGGCAAGGCUUAAGACCAAUCCUUUCAAUUUUGUCAUUUUAACAGCUGUGUAUAAAGUUUACCAAAUUCUGAAAACUACUGUCUUGGUACCACAAGUACCCUCUAGAGUAUAUGCCCUGUUACUCCCCUAAUGAUGCGGAAUAGGAGUCAUUUCAUGGUUUAUUUGCAGCUGAUUUAGAACUGUGAGUUGCUACAACAUAGUAACUUAAAGGCUGAUGGUUUAGGAUAGCAAUUACAAGUAGCCAAACAUUGUAAGCAUGCUUCCAGUGUGGAAACAACUUGGCUUAUUCAGGAAUUACUUCCGGGUUUGAAAGUUCUGUUUGCUUUCAAGAGGUAUUGGUAUAAUAGGAUGUAGCAUCAUUCACUAAAGGCAGCAAGUGAUUGGAUGGGUGAUGGGCUAAAAUUUUGGAGCAUCUGUGAUCUAUGCUAUUUUAUAAAAUGUCAGCAAACAAAUUAUCUAAAAAAGAAUGAAUCUUACUGUGCUAAUGCUUUUAAACUGUUUAUUUCAUUAUUUUUUAAAUUUUUCACCUGAGGUAGUUUUUUUUUAAAUUUUUCACCUGAGGAAUGCCACACCUAAUUAUCUUUUCCCAUUAGAUUUGUGUUUUAAUAGAGUUGUCUUUCUAUAUAGGAAUUCAUUUUUUUCCAUGUACAUAACUUUGAGAGUCCAUCAAUACGUCCAACCUAAUAAAGUAUAUAUACUUCAAGCCCACAGAUAAUUUUCUGAGUUAAAGACACCUGUUUGAUGGAAUAACCAUGACAUACCUAAAGCUUAUUUUUUUUAAAUUUGCAUGGAACAAAAUUUAUUAAUAAGUAACAUUGUAAGAUUUUUCAUAUCCAAUCCGAAAUACUGACAGAAAAUCAUACAAACCAUUACAUAGGAGUGAUGAUACAUAUAUAAUAGGAGGACUUUUUGUUUUAUAUCAGAAGCCUAGCAGAGAACUCAGCAUCAGGUGUUACUCAAGCAUUUAUUGAAUGAAUAAAUUCUGUUCAUCAAAUUAGUGCAUAUGUCAGUGUAAGUUCAGGCCACUCAAGGUGGCUGGUCUCUUGCUCUCGGUUCGUCCCCUGCUUGACCAGUGCCUGCUUCACUCACGUGACUAUCCAAUCCUCUUAAUUAUAGGGCUUAAUUAGUCCCCAGUAACUGAUGAAACAGCCUGCUGUCAAUUCCCCCUGUAAAUGGUAGCCUCCUUCUCCCUCAAGUAGUAAAGACUGCUGCCAUUUCUUGCUCACUGCCUGCCGCACAUGGGGUGUCGCUCCAGGACUAUUUGUGUAAGAUUCCCCCAUCUAUUAAACCAUUAAUGUCUGUGUCGCUGUCUCCAGAGUCUGUCUUCCGUCUCCUUCUCCAGGCUGGGCAACUGCAAGGCUUGCAGGCCUGUGGGGAAUUAAGGGAUAUUUUCAUGACAUGAUAUCAUAUAAAAACUUUUAAAUCAUAUGUGUUAUAUUACUAAGAACCUACCUUAAAGGCUUUAAUUUUAAGAGUUGUUACUAAAACAAUAUCCACAAUUUACAUUUAUGAUUUAAUUUGUCUCUACUGUAUGUAGAGAAUGUAUGAUGAAUAUUUACUGUUCAUCAAAAUGAAAUUUGGCAGGAAGUUUGAUAAGCCUUUAGCUUAUAAAGAUAGUUGUGUGCUGAAAAUUACAACCCUGUCUAAGAGUUGAACUGGAAGCUUUUUCUCUAAAAUUGUACAUUUCAGAAUACUGGUGCUAUGGGAUAACUUAUUUGGCAAAGUUUCUUGUAAAUAAUUCUAGACAGCUAAUUGAAGUAUUUUGAAUGACCAGGGUAAUAAAUUUCAUUGUAUGGACUCUCAAGUAUUUAAUUUCAGUCUAAACGUUAACUGUUGGACUAGUAUAUAAUUAUUUUCACAAAAUGCAUAAUCAUGACUGUCAAUUUUUCCAUGACUAACUAUACCCUGCCAGAUGUUUUUUAGGUUCUGCUAAGUCACAUUUUUUCCCCCUGGAACUCUGUGUUCCCACCCUACUCCCUCCGGCCUUUUUUCGUAUUUUUGCCUUUUACCUGAAUUUUGGGUAAAAUGGUUUUAUUGCUCUUUUUAUUAUUUCAUAUGAAUAUAAUAGUUUCAUAUAAAUUACUCUCAAUUUCACCUUCUAUCAUAAAGCUUAACCCAUCCCUUUCCUGGUGAGAAAUACAUUUUGUGCAAUUUAUUCUGAAAAGUUAUUAAACCUUUCUACGCAAGGAAAGCUAUCAACAGUUCAUCAGAUGACUGAAAAUCUUCGGAAUCACUCUAACAGUGAGUCUUACAGGAAAACACUAACCAGUACCCAAACUUUCACCAUUUGUUUUCUGUUCUUCAGCCACUUCUCCUGAUUAGAUUUUCUGGCUGCAGCAAGGAUCAUUAAUCAUUAGUUAGACAGCUGGAGCUCACUGUCAAGUGAGACCUUGCAACACAUGUUGGAUUUGUAUUUUCUUACCAAGUUGAGCCCUUAUGGAACAUUCACUGCCGGCCACUAGCAGAAAAAUUUCGAAGACAAAUUUCAUGUCUCGAAUGCCGAUGAAAAUAUCUGGCUGCAUGCAUGAUUUCAAAAAGUGUUUAUUGAUUCAAAGUGUAUUAAAAGCCGACCAGGUGCUCAUAAUUGUGUGAGAAAUGUAAAGAAAAAAUCCAGUCCUUAUUGCCCCAAGGAGCUCUAGUGGUUAAGACAGAUGACAAACACACAGUUGAAAUCAAGUAUUCAAUGAAACCAAGUCUGUGAAAUCAGUGGGGAGUGCUAUAAAAGUACAGAGGAAGUGCUGCAACAUCGCCUCAGGCACCUUCAGACUCCUCGUCAACCACGUUUCAUUACUGGUUAUGUAAAGGCAAUGCAACCUCUUCUGCAUGACUCCAUGCGUGCAUGCUGGAAGGAGAAACCAUCAGAAUAUUUCUGCAGGAGAACUAUGAGGUCCCCAAACUGCAAAUGUUUUCUACACCAACUGCAGAGCAUUGCUGGGUGUCUAUGAAUGAAUAAACUAAUUAAGGCGAGCCUGGGUUUACAACCUAAUCUUACUUUUCCAUGCAACGGGAGAAGAAAGCAUGGUUGUGGAAAGAAAGCUCCUGGGGUCAGAGGACCAGAUUUGCAUUGUGAAAUUAGGCAAGCGGGUUCACUCAGGCCAGCUGAACACAGGAUCUUCAUCUGUGAAAGCGUGUCUGUGGGGUUCCCCCUAGUUAUCUGACAUUCUAAGAUCUAAUCAUAAGGGGACUGGUCAGGUCAGCCUGAUGAUCAUGAUACUUUAGGAACGUUUCAAACUUCUGAAUCUCCAAGGUGUAUCAUGUAGGAGGAAACUUUGGUAACUGCUGAGCUCCACUUUAUUGAAGGGGCUAAAAAAAUUGUUUUAAUGAUCCAUUUGUUUCUGUGCAAAAAAUUAUCAACAGUGAAAUUUUAGGAAUGUACUUUGUGCAGAGCAGCCCUGGAAAACAUUUGGCCACAGACUGAUCAACCAGGAAAAAAACAUUGCUAUGCAAUGUUAUUUACCAUAGCCAGUUUUUCUUCCUCUUCUUCUUGAAAGUGGUAAUUUUUUUUAGCAUAUUUCAAAUAUUAAAGAAUGUCAUUCUAUAUUAAUUCAAAAACCCAUGCUAACACCCAACAAAGUCCUCUCUUCCCUGCCUGAUAACUUUAGUGAAUAUGGAAAAUAAAUAUUCUUCUACUUUAUCAACCUUCAUGGCACCUUUUUGUAUCACAAUAUAAGGUUAAACAAAUUUUUCUUAUCAAAUUGCUGAUCUUGACAUUGUUUAAAGCCCUUUAUGAUUUCAGGACAGUCAGUGGCUCCAAAUACAAUCAAUUCCUCUGCAGACAGACCAACAAUUCCUUGGGGUUUGUAAAGCACUUGAUUGAAGUGGAACAUUUGCUCCCAGCUACCUUCAACUCCAGAGCACAAAGAAUCACAACCGAUGUGGGGCUAAAGAUCUGUUAGGGAAAAUGACUCAGGCCAGAGACUGCAAAAAGGAGGAUUGCAUGGCUUAGUUUUGCAAAUAUAAACGUUAUGGCUUUUAGAGUUGGAAGAGAGCUCAAAGGGGAAACCAGCAAGUGCAGCUUUCAGUCUCUAGGAAGAACUACAAGAGCUAAACCUGGAUGUGCUACUUCAGUUCAAGGAAACAUGGAAAAUUUAAUUUUGCAAAGUUUUAUUUUAAAAUGAAUGUAAUCCUAUGGCUCAGUAGACUAUAUGGAAAUGUUUAUAGAGUGUACACUAAAAUGCAAGGCUAAUUUCCUUAGGAAAAAAACUGGGAGAGAAGGAGAGAAAAAACAGACUCCUCUCUCAUAAAAACUCUCCAGUCUGUCUCGGAGGCAACUACAGAGUAACAGUAAAGAAUGACGACAAUACUUUGACAAGAUCGCGUACAGGGGAUGCUCAGUCUAGUAAAAGUUAACGUUCUCUUGCCCGACAACUUUACAGCAAAGCCCAGAAGAGGAAGCCAGAAGAAAACUCAGAAAAACCAAAGCUCGAGUCUGAUUAUCUUUUUUAAUUUCAUUUUUGGUUUCUUUACAUUUGAGCGGAACUAACUCAAUCCCGCAAACGUCUUCCCAACGAGAGAACAAUCUUUUCUGGAAACACGGCGGCAGAUGUCACGCUGGAAUUCUCCCAGGGCAAACUGCCAGAUUUGGGGCAGUUCUUCCCCCGUCAUCACUAACCCGAGCUGGGGUGCGCUGUGCCUAGGCUGACUGACCUUCGGAUCUUAGAAACACCUGCAUUGGCAUCACCUCAUAGAAUGCACCCGGGCUAACGGCCCGGGGAAGUAGGCAGGCCAGGUAUCAUUGCCUUCGGGCCGAAAGAGGAAAUCGCAGCUGGGAGAGGGUUCUGCUCCUCGUCACGUUGUUACUUGGCGGCAGAUUCCAAACCUCAGCCCGACGUGGGCAAAGCGCCCGGGAAAUGCCCUCUGGGACCGGAGAGGAGCCCGGAACCAGCACUUUCUAUUAAACUCGUCCCAGGCGCCUCCUGCCCAACCUCCGCAGCCUCCCCGCUUCCCCAGCCCCCGGGGCGCGCACGGAAUCCUCCAGACCUCGCUGCGUCAGCUCGUGGACAUGGCGACCCCCACCCGGCGCCGAGUGCCCUGCCCCGAGGCCGCCGUCGCUCGGGCCCUGCUCUUCGGCUGGGUCCUCGUCCAGGUGGCCGGAGCCGCAGGCACUACAGAUGUAGUAGUAGCAUAUAAUUUAACUUGGAAGUCAACUAAUUUCAAGACCAUUUUGGAGUGGGAACCCAAGCCCAUCAAUCAUGUCUACACUGUUCAGAUAAGCUCCAGAUUAGGAAAUUGGAAAAACAAAUGCUUCUACACAAGAGACACAGAGUGUGAUGUCACCGAUGAGAUUGUGAAAAACGUGACUGAGACAUACUUGGCACGGGUCAUUUCCUACCCGGUGGAUGCCAUCGAUUCUACCUGGGAGCCUCCGUUUACCAACUCCCCGGAGUUCACACCCUACCUGGAAACAAACCUCGGAUGGCCAACAAAUCAGAGUUUUGAACAGGUUGGGACAAAACUGAAGGUGACCGUACAAGAUCCACUCACCUUAGUCAGAGUGAACGGCACAUUCCUGAGCCUCCGGGAUGUUUUUGGCAAGGACAUGAAUUAUGUACUUUAUUAUUGGAGAGCUUCAAGUACAGGAAAGAAAAAGGCCACGACAAACACUAAUGAGUUUUCAAUUGAUGUGGAUAAAGGAGAAAACUACUGUUUCACUGUUCAAGCAGUGAUUCCAUCACGAAAAACUAACCAGAAGAGUCUAGAAAGUCCCAUCGAAUGUACUAGCCAAGAGAAAGGUCUGUUCUCAGAAACGUUCUGCAUCGUUGCAGCGGCGGUGCUUGUGGUCACCACCUUCGUCGUGGUCCUGUCUGUGUCUCUGUACAAGUGCAGGAAGGCGAGAGCAAGGGGAAGCGGGAAGGAGAGCUCGCCCCUCAACGUUACAUAAGAGAGCCUGCUCUUGGAUCUGCCAGCUCUGCAGAGCUCGUGUUGCACUGUGACCAAGAACGUUUAAGGCAGCAGAAUACGUUAGAAACACAAACGAGCGUUUUGGAGCAUAGAGACCCUUGGGCUCGAAGAAAGCUCUUAUCUGAUCUGUUCUCACGAUAAGCAUUCUGGUUUCGACAUCAGCAUCAGCCACUUUGGAAUGUCAUGAGCGGUACAACCAAUUCCAAGUUUUUAAAAUUUCUCUUUUAACACUAUGGCACCUUUUGCACGUCAUGCUUUAGACUGUAUGUUUUCUACACUCAAGUUGAAGCCAGAUCAUCUAAGGAAAAACAAAUGAACAAAUGCCCUAAAAAAUCCUGGGUGGACUUUUGGAGAACUUUUGAGAGACUGACUUUAAACCGUGUGGGAGAGUAAAAUGGAAGUUGGGUGGGCUUUCUAACAUAUGUCUGUCCUUCUGUAAUAUGGUGUUUAGGUUGUUUUUUUGUCUCUUUUUUUGUUUUCUUGAGUACUUCUGGAGGUUCGAAACAACUGGCAAACGUUCACAUGAAUGUGUUAAAAGCAGAAGACUUGUAUUGGGACACAUUCCUAACAUGCAUUACAGUUUAGCACUUUGACUUAAAUGCUGUUGAUGAAAUACUUGACAGCUAACUAUAUUUUUAUAAGACUACUACACCAGCAAAUUACAUAGAGUUUAAGAUUUAAGGUACUUCAAACUUUAUGGUCAACAUUGUAUAUAUUUAUAUAAUUUGAAAAAAGGUUUUAUAUAUGGGGAUUUUCUAUUUAUAGAGGUAAUAUUGUUCUGUUUGUAUAUGUUGAGAUAAUUUAUUUAAUAUACUUUUAUAUAAAUAAAGGUGACUGGGAA